CGAUAGCGCGGCGCUCGCUCGGUUACUUCACCAACGUCACGUAACUUCAAGCUUGAGUGUGGAUCCAGAGAGAAACCUGAGAGGGGCCAUGCCGGUGUUUUACUUGUUACCGUUUCGCUAAGAGCAGUUUCCAGCGCCUUUACGUUUUACGUCCUUACGGAAUUAUUGCGUGUGAAGGCCUCAACUGUCGCGCAUGCGCGAAAAACGCGACCAGUCUGACUGACAUUGGCUGCCUCGGAGUCGCUUGCCCUUUAAUAAGGAGGUUAAGCCCCCCCUUAGGUUAGACCCUCUCACUUGCGAUCUGCCGGCAUUUACUUUAUUCUACGGCCUUUCCGUACGGCUAUCUGUGCCUGAGGGUGGAGCGCCGCCGCGUGCUUGCGUCUCGGCGCGAUACAAUUGAUUUGUAGAACAUUUAUGCGCAAAUAUGUUGCCCUUACAUAUUUCAUCGAAAUGUAAUGUAAAGCCUGCGAGUAGAAUAUUAUUUCAAUGGAUCAGCGUUUCCGCGAGAUCGUGCUCUUCGUCUUCAUCCUCUUCGUCGUCGUCAGACUCAUCGGACUCGUCCGAUUCCGAUUCUGACACGGAGAAAGCAAAACCGGAGACGACGCAUGUUAAAAGCACGAGUCCCGCAAGUGCAGCGCCCGAUAGCAAAUAUGAUUUGGAUAGCUUCUUGAAUAACAUGAUCAAGGCGAGAAAAUCGCAGAAAACCAUUCAGGUUGCCAUGCAGCCUAAAAAGCCAAAGGACCAAUCGGGCAAAUAUGUACCUUUCGAGAAGAAAAUAAUAAACGCAGCGGAAGAUGUGGCCAAGACGCUUGGUGGGGAUGAAAGAAAGACCAUGUCAGACUUGCUUGAAAAAGUUGUUGCGUCUAGAGUGGAAGCAUUGAAAAGGGAACAGGCAAGCGUUAAAAGUCUACAUCAGAAGACAGCCUGGUCCAAACAAGUGUCGGAACAAAAUGUGCAGAAAAGCUACCAAGACAAACAUUUGGAAAAGAAAUCUAUAAUACGAACCCUGUUGGAUGAAUACAACAAGCGACCGGAGGAAGUGAAUGUACCGCCGAAGCAAGUACAACCGAAAGUAUUUGAAGAUAGUAUAUCAAGGCAGUUAUUAAAGACCGUUAAAACGUCUAGAAGACAAUCACAAGAUGGAGAAAUGCGUCCAGAUGUCAGACACGAAGAUAUCGAUCUAUGGAAUGGGAAACCUAGUCAGAUUUUCGAAAACAUGAGUGCUCCUUCGCCAAACAUACCGGAACUGAAAACGUGGGCGCUGUUGGACAGGAAAGAGUUGAAAGCAAUGGCCACUCAUUCACCUGCCAAUAUUUUUCAAGAGCUGAUUCUUUGGACGGAGCAGGGCAAAUUAUGGAAAUUCCCUGUUGACAAUGAGCAAGGAAUGGAGGAAGAGCACAGCGUUCAUUUCUCAGAACAUGUCUUUAUGGAACGUCAUUUGAAGGGUUGGUGCCCUAAAUCCGGACCAAUACGUCAUUUUAUGGAAUUGGUGUGCGUUGGACUUUCCAAGAAUCCAUACAUGACAGUUGAGGAGAAAACCCGACAUAUUAUGUGGUACAAAGAAUACUUCGAAUCUAAACAAGACAUCUUGCAAGAAGUAGGAGCAAUUCUGGAGCCAUUUCCUGAUAAAGUAAAAGAGAUUACUGAAUAAAUUAACAAGUGUAUUAGCGA